AUGGGCCACCUGGUCACUCUCGCAACAUGCUCGCUCAACCAAUGGGCUCUCGACUUCGAGGGCAAUGCUGAGCGCAUCAUCGAAAGUAUCCGCAAGGCCAAGGCAGCCGGAGCCACCCUGCGCGUCGGUCCGGAGCUGGAGAUUACCGGCUAUGGCUGCUUGGACGCGUUCAUCGAGGGCGACACGUUCCUGCAUUCGUGGGAGAUGCUGGCGCGCAUCAUCGACCAUCCUGACUGCCAGGAUAUCGUGGUGGAUGUUGGAAUGCCCGUUCGUCAUCGGAACGUGCGGUACAAUUGCCGGGUGAUCUUCUUCAACCGCAAGAUUAUCUUGAUCCGGCCGAAGAUGUGGCUUGCCAAUGAUGGCAACUAUCGGGAGAUGAGACAUUUCACCCCCUGGCAGCGCCCCCAGGAGAUCGAGGAUUACUACCUGGAGCAGAUCGUGGGCAAGAUCACUGGCCAGUACAAGGUGCCCUUCGGUGAUGCAGUCAUCAGCACCAGGGAUACGUGCCUGGGCUUGGAGACUUGCGAGGAGCUGUUCACUCCCAAUGGCCCCCAUAUUCCUUACGGUCUCGCCGGCGUGGAGAUCAUCUCGAACUCGUCGGGCAGUCACCACGAACUCAGGAAGCUCGAUACCCGCGUCAACCUUAUCACGCAGGCGACUAAAUUGAGUGGAGGCAUUUAUCUGUACGCUAACCAGCAGGGCUGCGACGGUGAUCGUCUGUACUAUGACGGGUGUGCGAUGAUCGUCGUCAACGGCAACAUCGUGGCCCAGGGCUCGCAAUUCUCGCUCAACGACGUCGAGGUUGUCACUGCCACCGUGGACAUUGAAGAGGUCCGCUCAUACCGCUCCAGCGCGAGCCGCAGCAUGCAGGCCAGCAGGCAAACCCCCUUCGUCCGUCUCGAUCUGGACUUCAGGUUGUCGCGUACCGGCGAGGAGGCUGAUCCUGGUCUUGCCCCAUCUGAGGUUCUUCAGCCACGUUACCAUGCCCCAGAGGAGGAGAUCGCCCUCGGUCCGGCCUGCUGGCUGUGGGACUACCUUCGCCGCAGCGGAGCAGCGGGAUACUUCGUUCCUCUGAGCGGAGGCAUCGACAGCUGUGCGACGGCCAUCAUUGUGCACUCCAUGUGCAGGGAGGUCGUCAAAGCGGUGCAGCAGGGGAAUGAGCAGGUGAUCAAGGAUGUCCGUCGGCUCUGCGCGGAGCCGGAGGGAUCAGCCUGGCUUCCGUCCACCAGCCAGGAGAUCUGCAACCGCAUCUUCCACACCAACUACAUGGGCACGCAGAACUCCAGCAAGGAGACCCGGGAGCGGGCCAAGACCCUGGCCGCGGAGAUCGGCUCCUACCACAUCGACUUCAACUUCGACACGGUCGUCACCGCCGUCACGAACCUGUUCACGGUGGUGACCAACUUCCAGCCGAAGUUCAAGGUGCACGGCGGCAGCUUCGCGGAGAACCAGGCGCUGCAGAACAUACAGGCCCGCUUGCGAAUGGUGCUCUCCUAUCUGUUCGCGCAGAUGCUUCCGACGGUGCGCCAGCGGCCGGGUGGUGGAGGGCUGCUUGUGCUGGGCUCGUCCAACGUCGAUGAAUGUCUCCGCGGCUACCUAACCAAAUACGACGCCAGCAGCGCCGACCUCAACCCCAUCGGCUCAAUCAGCAAAGUCGACCUCAAGAAGUUCAUCCACUGGGCCCAAACCGCCUUCGCCCUCCCGAUCCUGCACGAGUUCCUGCACGCCACGCCCACCGCCGAGCUCGAGCCCAUCACGCAGACCUACGUGCAGUCCGACGAGGCCGACAUGGGCGUCACCUACGCCGAGCUGUCGGUGUUCGGGCAGCUGCGCAAGGUCGCCAAGCUGGGGCCAUGGUCGAUGUACGAGCGCCUCCUCCACAAAUGGGGCCACGAGCUCAGCCCCCGCGAGGUGUACGAGAAGACGCGCCACUUUUUCUACAACUACAGCAUCAACCGCCAUAAGAUGACCGUGCUGACCCCCAGCUACCAUGCCGAGGGGUACUCGCCGGACGAUAAUCGGCAUGAUCUGCGCCAGUUUCUUUACCCCCCGUUCACCUGGGCGUAUAAGAAAAUGGAGGAGAGCGUCGCCUACUGGGAGGAGAAGGGGUGGACGGCGGGCAAGGCGCAGAAGAAGAGCGUGAAGGCGGAUUGA